ACCGCCCACAUAAGGCGGGGGCAGCACACGCUGCUCGGCGCGGCGGUGGAGGCGGUAGUGGUGGCGGUGUCUCGGCCGGGCUGCGCGGGCAAGGCGGCGGCAUGGAGCUGGGGUGGUUGUUGUGGGGCGCGGCGGUGCUGCUGCUCCUCCACGUCCUGAUGGAGCUCAGCCCCGCCGUCAACUUCGUGCUGCGUAUCGGCUUCUACUACGUGCUGUGUAUCGUCUUCUCCGCGCUGACGGCGCCCGUCUGCCUCCUCGUCAACGGCGGCCGCACCGUCAAGAACAUGAGAAUCAUCAAAACUGUGGUCAAGACCUUCAAGUAUUUCUUUGGCCUAAGGUUUGAGGUGAAGGGACUGGAGAACUUCGAGGUGGAGGGUCCUGCUAUCAUUGUGUCCAACCACCAGAGCAUCCUCGACAUGAUGGGGCUGAUGGAGGUCCUGCCCGACGACUGUGUCCAGGUGGGCAAGAAAGAGCUGAUGUAUGCUGGCACUGUGGGGCUCAUCAUCUACCUUGGCGGCGUCAUCUUCAUCAACAGGAAGAGCACUACCAGUGCCAAGAUGGUGAUGGCGGAGGUGGCCAAGACUAUGACAACUGACAAUGUGAAGGUGUGGGUGUACCCAGAGGGCACAAGGAACUGCACCGGGGAUUUGCUGCCAUUCAAGAAAGGAGCAUUUCACCUUGCUGUCCAGGCACAGGUCCCAGUGAUCCCUGUGGUGUAUUCCUCCUUCACCACCUUCUAUAACCCAAAGAAGAAUCUAUUUACAUCAGGCAAAAUCAAGGUUGAGGUUCUACCUCCAAUACACACCAAAGGCCUGACAUCAGACGAUGUCACUGACCUCACGGACAGAUGCUUCCGCACCAUGAGGGAGACCCUCUUCAGGCUGUCAGGCCGUCCAAGCGAGGCAAAAGACUCAUCCUAGAUGCUUCUCCAGUGGCAUCACUGUGUGGUGGUGGCUGAAGGGACCUGUCUGUUGCCAAAUACUGAAGGAACUUCUCUUCCUCUGCAGUGACUUCUAACUCUGGGAACACCACGGACUGGCACAUGUGGGGUGUCGAGCCAGCACUGAGGUUCCCCAUUGAGUGGAUUUCUCUUAUGGGUUCACUAUCUCACAAUGAAACAUCUCCUUUUUCUGAAUUUCUCAGGCAUCAAACUUGUGCUACCAAAGGGCUCAAUGACCGGAGAGGUGAGUUCCCCCAGCUCACGCAGCUGGCGUGGGGUAACAACAAAAAUCUGGCUGGAGGCUGGGCUCUGCCUCAUGUGAGUGUCCCUGCAGGCUUGCCUAGUGCUGGCCUGGCCCUGUGCUGUCCCAGAUGGAAACCGCCAGGCAGCAGUUUGUAUCCGCACAACCUCGAUGCGGCUCGAGCAGGGCUGAGAAUUGGGUGAAAAUCCAGACUCUGGUGGUUCAGCAGCACUGGGAGUGCAGUGUCCUCCCUGGACAGCCUGGAGUGCUGCUGUCUGGCAUGGUGGGGCUCAUGGGUGGUCUCUGGGGCAGGGCCCAUCUCCUUGAGAGAUGCCCUUGUGUCACAGCAGCAUCUUGUGCUGGGACUCUGCAUUGCCCAGGUACUCCUGAGCCAAGUCCUUCCCUUUUGAAGGAGGCACCUAGGGCAAAUAACCUCAGCUGAACUGCAAAGGGGAAUGUGUGGGGCCAGUCAGCCUUACAGUGUCUCUUCGGGCUUGAUGGCCUUGUCUGAACAAGUGCCCUUGCUCAUGGAGGGGUGCAGCAGUGGAGAGGGAAGCUGCAGUCUGCCCAGCCAGUACAUAUGGUUUGUGCAGAGUUUAGCUGAAUGCUGUCCAGCCUUGCCAGUUUAGACUUCUCAACAAAACCCCAUGCUUGUUUCUACCAUUCAGAGCCAUCAGGUUGAUUUUUAAAACUGCACAGACCUGUCAGAGUCCUGGGCAAACCUGUCCUCAUGUGUGACUUGUGGCAUACCCCUGGAUACCGUGUGUGACACGCACCUGGGUUGGCUCAGAGCUUCCUUGGUGUUGGUAAACUGUUGCCAACUCCCUGCCAUGGUGGUGGUUUGACCUUGUUGCAGCAGACAUCGUGGUGCUCACGGUACUUGUUGCAGAUGCAAAGGGCUCUGUCCUGCUUGUUUUGCUACUUGUCAUGGUCAGCAGUGGCCGAAAGAUGGUGCCUGUCCCGCAUGUCUCUGUGCAGAUCUUGGUGGAGCUGCUGCUCUGCAAGGGGUUUAAAACUCCUGCAGAGCUGUGGGACGGGUGAGCUGCAACUGUAAAGGGGCUCGGAAGGCUUCAGCUCUCCCUUGGGGGAAAUUGGCUCCUUCCAACAUUUGGAUAGAGGGGUUUCCCCUGUGCUUUGGGGUGACAGACCAGCAGGGCUCCUGGAUUCCUUGCUGGGACCUGCAGAACUGUUGGUGCCCUCUGCAAAGAGCAAGGCUGGGUCAGGUCCAUGGUUCCAGGGUGUAACCUCCACCUCUAAAACCUUGCUGAACUAGAGUUAGCUCUCCAUGGCGCAGGGUGUAUAACCUUGACAGAAGCUGCCUGGGGCUACUUGGGUAACCAAUGCAGCUGGUUUUCACAGCCUGUCUGGGGCUGUGUUGGUGGAAUUGUGGUCAUAUGGCAUUCUGGGGUUAAAGCCUCAACUGGGACAGGCAGGGAGUUCCCCUAGAGCCAGCGGACCCCAAGAGAGGGAGCCCUUGGGCUGAGCUGGUGCUGGCAGGGGCUGGGGGCUUUAUCAGAGGGGCCUUACAGUACAGACUCAGGGGUCAGACCCGCUGUGGGACGGGUCAGGUGGGAGGAUGGGAACAAAAUCAGCACUUUGUAAGAGCGGCAGAUAAAGGGCUGUCAUGGAGGUUAAACCCAGCAGGGAGGAGGGAGCGGUGCCUCUGUGUGCAGUUGUCUGCUGUUCGCUUUUAAUUGGGUUGAGAAUAAUGUUAUGUGCUUUAAAAAAAAAAAGUACACCUUUGGUUAUUUAAAUAAA